CCCUCGGCCCCGGCGAUGGCGGCGGGCGGCGGGCGGGAGGCGCUGGGCGCCCCAUGAGGAGACACAAAUCAGAAGGAACGCCAGGAGCAGCCAUGCACCCCGACUGUGCCCAUCUCCACAGCAUCCAGGGCGGCAGCGAUGACUCCUCCUGCUCCUGCCCCUGCUCGGCCAGGCUGGCUGCGGAGGGCUCCUCCUGCCCCGGGGAUGUGCGCAUCCAGCUGGGCUCCAGCGCGGCGGAACCCCGGGACACGCCGAGCUCCCGGGGCUCCCGGGCGGGCUCCCAGAGCCGCGGCCACGGGGAGGCAGCGGGGCCCGAGGAUGCGGAGCCCGAGGAGCAGGGCGGGAGCUCCCUGGCCGAGCUGCGCUGCCUCCUGCAGUGGCUGCACCGGAGCCUGCCCUACCUCCUCAUCCUCAGCGUCAAACUGCUCCUGCAGCACAGCACCGGCAUUUCUCUUGGAAUUGGGCUGCUAACAACUUAUGCAUAUGCAAACAAAAGCAUAGUAAAUCAGGUUUUUCUCAGAGAACGGUGCUCCAAGCUGCAGUGCACGUGGUUGCUGCUCUACCUGAGUGGAUCAUCUCUCCUCUUGUAUUACACCUUCCACUCUCAGGCCCUGUACCACAGCUUAAUCUUCUUAAGCCCCACUGUGGAUUUUAUGAACUUUUGGGAGGUGCUUUGGAUUGUGGGAGUCACAGACUUCAUUCUGAAAUUCCUCUUCAUGGGCUUGAAGUGCUUUAUUCUCCUGGUGCCUUCUUUUAUCAUGUCCUUUAAAUCCAAGGGCUACUGGUACAUGCUGUUAGAAGAGCUCUGCCAGUAUUACCGUAUGUUUGUCCCCAUCCCAGUGUGGUGCCGUUACCUCAUGGCCCAUGGGGGGCUGGACACUGCCCUGGGAUGGACCCUUGGCAUCCUGCUGGGCCUCCUCUACCUCAUCCUCAAGCUUUUGAGCUUUUUUGGACAAUGGAAGAACUUCAGGCAGGUCUUACGGAUAUUUUUUACACGCCCACACUAUGGGGUGCCAGCCAGCAAGAGACAGUGCUCUGAAUCUGAUGAUAUUUGUUCCAUUUGCCAAGCUGAAUUUCAGAAGCCUAUUCUGCUGAUCUGUCAGCACAUAUUUUGUGAAGAAUGCAUCUCUUUAUGGUUUAAUAGAGAAAAAACCUGUCCACUCUGCAGAACUGUUAUUUCAGACCAUGUUAACAAGUGGAAGGAUGGAGCCACAUCUAUGCAUCUCCAGAUUUUCUAAAGCUUGUCAAACAACUUGGGUUCCAGUUUGUUUGUUCACACUAAGGUUUUUCAGUUUACUGCACAUUAAACUGUAGGUGGCACAAGGAAAGUUUCCAAAUUCCCCAUACCAUGUAUUUAAAACCCUGCAGAAAAUGGCAACUUGACCUUUUCUAAGUAGAGAAAACUUUUCAGAAUGAAUGCAGAAAAAGCCAGCAUUGCUUCUCUUGUGAUUCUCAUAGGAAACAGACAAAUCCUUGAAAUGUGCUGCAUUUCUUAAUUCAACAUUUUCUUUUAGAGGUUCAGUAGGGUUCCAGACUGUACUAAACUCUAUUUAUCCUUCUAACACAACUCAAGCCAAAAGGUCAACAUGCUGAUUUUAUUAAGAUUAUGAGCAAAUUUUAUCCUCUGGACUGCAGUGAGAAUUAGAGCUGCUUGUCACUCCUGGCAUUAAAGAUCUUUCAUGCUGCCCAGUAAAUGAGAGAAAUGAGAUUUCUAAUGCACCUGGAACAGCAACUAUUUCUCACUGCACCUGUAGAUAAGCACAAGAAUAAGAUAUUUCCCCUUUAGGUUCUUGUAGGCUUCUAAUGGAUCCUUGGCUUCAUCUUUUGGCUUUAAACCAACCACUGAUGUUAGGUUUUUACUCAGCAUUUUAUAAAGCUGGUAUUUUUAAAAGAAAUCUUUAAUACUAUAUUUUUGUCAUAACAGGAGCCAGAUUUUCUUACAGGGGAGAAUCUAUUUUAUACUCUAUUUGCAAUUUGUAGUUUGCAUAAAAAUCAGAGAGAAUAAAUGCAUUUGAAU